CUUUGUGUAUAAUUGCUGUAAUUCUAAAAGUUUAGGAUAAGAAAUUAAACUAUUGAAAUUUGGAUUAUUUGCUUAAGAUUUUGAGAUCUAUUUACAAUUGAAAGAACUAUAGAUGUGAAUACAAAGCAUCUUCUUAAAACUAAUACCACUUAUUAUUUAAUGCAUGCCCAUUUUAUUUUAGCUUUUAUUAGUUGCUCUAAAGUUUUAGUAGCAUAGUAGUUAACUUAUAUAGUCAGGGCCUAAUGCAAAAGUACAAGUUGUAUAAGAAAGGUAAAGUACAAAUGAAAUAGAUUAAAUUACACAAGUAUAACCUAAACAUAUAGCUUACAUUGCUUUACUUUAUUUUAGUUUGUAUAGAAAUUGAUAUUUAUUCUGAUAAGUACGUUUUAAAAUUUUCUAUUUAUUUGGUCAAAAUUAUAGUAUCCCUUAUUAAAGUAUUAAUUAUGUAUAGAUAUGGAUACAAGUUGGAUAGAACUUCCACGAAGCCACGCUUAAUAUGUCAAAGGCUGUAUGCAAUUCAUUAACUUUGCUAAGGUAGCUCAGGUAGAAGGAAAGAUUCGAUGUCCAUGUAAGACAUGUAAAGUGGAUAAAUGGCUUUCUGUAAAUGAAGUGGAAAGACAUAUCUUGUUUAAUGGGUUUUAUAAGUCAUAUAAGAAAUGGAUUUUUCAUGGUUAAGGGGAUUUGCUUCAGCGUAUGAUUGGGUGUGAUGGAGGGAGUACUAGUCAAGGAUCCCCUCUAGAUCAAACAAGGUUUGAAGGUCGAGUAGGAGGCCUAUUGAGAUCAGCUUUUAGUUUUGAAAAACCCUCAAGUGACCUAACCUUUGAACCACAUGAAAAUAAUGAAAAUGACGAGUAUCUUGAAGAACCUGCCUUUGAUGAAGAGGAGGCUGAUUUAGAAUUUUCAACAACGGAAGACGAAGCUAAGUAUAAGAAAUUACUUGAUGUUUCUGAUGAGAAAUUGUAUGACAGGUGUACUAAAUUUUCCAAACUGUCUUUUCUUUUACACCUUUUUCACAUAAAAUGUAUGAGUCAUUGGUAUACUGAAUCCUUUAAUAUGCUACUCGAGCUUCUCAUAGACGCAUUUCCCCAAAUACUCGAGUUCCCUCGUCUUAUUAUCAAAGUAAGAGAAUAAUAAAAGACCUUGGCCUAGGGUAUGAAAAGAUUGAUGCUUGUCCAAAUAAUUGUAUGUUGUAUUGGGGUGAUUUUUCAGAGAAAGAAAAGUGUCAUGUUUGUGGUACAUCAAGAUGGAAGAAAAAUAAGGGUACAAAUGAUAAUGUCAGAGAUCAAGAUAAGACUAUUUCUAGGAGUUGUGAGCCAACUAAAUUAAUGCGUUACUUCCCUCUUAUCCCUAGACCGAAGAGAAUUUACAUGUCCUCAAAAACAGCGGAAGACAUGAGAUGGCAUUAUACUCAUAAUGAUCAAUUGAAUGAUGUUGAUAAGAAGAUGCUAAGGCACCCUUCCGAUGCAUUAGCUUGGAAAUCGUUUGAUCAACGUUUUGAGGAUUUUGCCUCAGAUCCUCGUAGUGUUCGAUUAGGACUUGCAAGUGAUGGGUUUAAUCCAUAUCGUUUGAUGAACACGACCUAUAGUACAUGGCCUGUGGUGUUGAUUCCCUAUAAUCUUCCACCAUGGUUAUGUUUGAAACCAUCUUCGUUCAUGCUGUCUAUUAUCAUUCCCGGUAAAACAAGUCCCGGAAUUGACAUUGAUGUGUAUUUGCAGCCACUAGUCCAUGAAUUGAAGUUGUUAUGGAGUGGGGUUGAUGCUUAUGAUGGAGAGAAAUUUAAAUUGGGAGCCGCUUUGCUUUGGACUAUUAAUGACUUUCCUGCUUAUGCAAUGCUCUUCGGUCUGAGCACCAAAGGUUAUAAGGCAUGCCCUAUAUGCAUUGAUUCAACUCCUUCUAAAAAAUUUGGGAGUAAGACUUGUUAUUGUGGGUAUUGAAAAUGGCUUCCGCCAUGUCAUCCAUAUCGAUUUGAGAGUGACAGUUUUAACGGAAGCGAAGAGCUUGGUGAAGCUCCACCUCGGCCUAGUAGGACUGACAUAUUGAGGCUCUCCACCUCGGCCUAGUAGGACUGACAUAUUGAGGCUACAAGAAAACGUUGGGUAUGUUUAUAGGAAGGCAUCAAAAAGAAAGAGAAGUAAUGAGGGUAACAAUGAAGAUGAUGUUGUCAUUGGUACCAAGAGAAGCAUAUUUAUGAUUUAGAGUACUGGGAGCAUAAUUUGUUAAGGCAUAAUCUAGAUGUAAUGCACAUAGAAAAAAAUGUGUGUGAAAAUAUUUUAAAUACUCUUUUAAAUACCGAUAAAAGCAGAGAUAAGAAGGCUGAUCGAGAUGCCCUUCAAGGAUGGGGCAUAAAGCCACAUCUUUGGGUUCAAGAUAAUCAUAUGACUUCGACUUCUUAUUCUAUGUCUGUAGAGGAGAAAGAGAGGUUCUUAAAAGUUUUACAAAAACUCAGAGUCCCUGAUGACUAUGGAUCUAACCUUUCUAGAUGCGUAAACAUACAGCAAAAAAAGUUGAUUAACCUUAAGAGCCAUGGCAACCAUGUUUUGAUGCAACAUAUCCUUCCCGUCGCCUUAAGAGCUUCUAAUGCAACAAAAGUUAUUAAUUUGCUUGCAAAAUUGUCUUACUUUUUCAAGCAAUUAUGCUCCAUUGCUAUCGAUCCUGACAAUCUAGAUGCUCUUCAAGAAGGAAUUGUAUUAACCCUUUGUGAGUUGGAAAUUAGUGGAGGAGGUUAAACUCGGUGGACUAGUACAAUACAGAUGGAUGUAUCCCAUUGAGAGGUACUUGGCCCAUCUAAAGUCACAUGUAGCUAAUAAAGCCCAACCUGAAGGAUCAAUUGCAGAAGACUACCUUUUAGAGGAGACCAUUAGGUUUUGUUCAAGAUAUCUUGAAGGUGUUAAGAAUGUCUUUAACAAACCUAAACGAAUUGAUGAUGAUAGCCCCAAUUUUGGAAAAUACUUGUGUAAUUCUGGCGGUCGAGUAGUUGGGAAAGAGGUCAAUUUUCGUCUAGAUGACAAAAGCUUAAAACAAGCUCAUCGCUAUGUUUUACUACAUCAUUCUGAUGAAAUUCAAGAGCUUCUUGAGUAAGUAACAGAGUAUUAUUCUAUGUUAUGAAUAACCAAUUAAGUGAUGAAAGUAAUUGGAUCAUCAAGGAGUUUGGUGAGUGGUUGCGAAGUCAGGUGAUAUAUAUGUAUCCUAAUGUGUUCAAUUUUCUUACAAAAAUAGCAGACUGCUUUUGACUUUAU